UUCAAACAAUAUGAGGAAAACAUUAGAAAUGGAUGUUGAACACGAACUAUCGUCGUCGAUACAUAAAAAGGAAUCGAUAAUAAAAAUUCCAAUAAUAACACCAUUAUCAUCAUCAUCAUCAUCAUCAGCAUCGAAAAUGUCUGAAACGUUUGAUGAACCGACGACUAUACGAAGUUUAACCAGCGAUACUUGUGAGAUAAAAACUUCAACAACACAACAACAACAACAACAACCUGUUGCAAAAGUAGCAACAAAGUUUAAAAUAAAAUAUAAAUCAUUACCACGAACGACAACAAUAACAACAACAAAGCAAUUGGAACCAUUGUUAUCAUCAAAACUUGGAUUUGGUAUUCCACGAUCAAAUUCUAUUUCAUUUGAAAAAACAAGUGAUGAAACAGAAUCCAAGUCGAUAGCGGAAACUUUAUCAAUAACAUUGAAACCAGAAAAUACCAUCAACAAUAAUAAAACCAUUCAAGUAAAAUCAAAACAAACUUUUCCAGAACAAGAAAUGAUAAAAUUUGAACGUAAACCACCACCACCUCCUCCGCUGGCCAUAAUCAAAGCAGCUCCAGUUGUUUUGACGAAAAAAUCUCCACUUCGACCACCACCACCACCACCACCAUCACCAUCAAUUUCUAGUAAAAGUGGUGGUGGUGAAAAAAGUUCAAUUAUUCGUCGUGUUUCAUCAAAAUCUAAACGAAAAUCACUCAGUUCAUCACUGAAACCAAAACGACAAUCAUCAGGAGAAAGAAGAUUAUUGAAAACAUCAUCAGCAUCUAAAAAAAGUUUAAAAAAUUCAUCAAUAAAAAUUAAUAAUAACACAGUAGUACCCACUACUGCUACUAUACAGCAACGGCCCAAAAGUAGUAGUACUAAUAAACCACGUUCUAAACCAAGUUUAAAAUCAAAAUCUAAAAGUAUCAAACGUCUUACACAUUCGAUGAAAAAUAUGAAUGAAUCAUUGAAAAGUGUUUCUAUUAAACGAACAAAUAGUAGACGAUCGUCAUUGAAGAAACAAAAUUUAAAUUUGAAUAAUGACAAAACUACUGCAGCAGCACCACCGAUGAUGAUGGUGGUGAAAGAGCAACAAUCUGGCCCGAAACCUGCACUUCCUCCUCCUAUUAUGAGUGUGGAAAAAGAAGAAUUAAUAAUCGUACGACAACCAUCAAAAUUAUCACCAACAACAUCUCCAUUAUUAUUGGAAAAAUCAUCAAUUACUGAAACAAUGAAAUCUGAUCCAACAGCAGCACAAACAUUUACAACCAACGAUGAUGAUAGCACCACUGCUAGAUCAUCAACUAGUCAUAAUGAUCGUGUUACAGUCAUAAGAGAAGUGCAUAAAAAUAUUUCCGGUGAACCAGUAGUGGAAAAAGUUAAAGCAAAAAUUGUCACAUCAACUGGAUCAAAAUUAUCCGAUAACAUUGCCAUUGAGAAAGAAUCUUUGAUUCAUAAUUGUAUCAUUUAUAUUCUUUCGCAAAUAUUAGCUUCCAUUCUUCUGGUACUGUUUUGUUCAUUGAUCAUUCAACAUUUUGGUGGCUUCCCAUACGAAAUCCUCGAACAUUCAUUGAAUUAUCAUCCACUAUUUAUGUUUAUCGGUCUAAUUUUAUUUUUAGCCAAUUCAUUAGUAAUGGUUACAUCCAGGCAAUUAACCAAUAUAUGUCGAUUACCAUUAUUAAUUGGAACGUUAGUAUUGCAAUUAACUGGAACUUUUAUCACGAUUUAUUGGCACGCUAAAAAGGAAAAGUCACAUAUGCAAUCAAUGCAUUCUUGGUUUGGUUUAAUGACGAUUAUUUUAUUUCUUACAUAUUUGGCUGGUAAUAUCUAUCUUUAUAGUAGACAUGAACCAAAAAAAGAAAAUGAACGACAAAAAUUUCUGAAUAGAAUCAGUAAAUCAAUAUUCUAUGUUCGUAUGAUUGGUCUUGGUUGUUUAGUUAUGGCAUCGAUCACAUGUCUGUUGGGUCUGAAUCAAUUUGAAGAUAUUUUCAAUGGUAUACCAUCGGAUUUGGAACAUAGUACAACAGGCAAUCCAUCAUCACCAAGAUUAUUGACAAAUAUUGCUUCAAUAUUUUUAAUCAUUUAUGUUGGUUUCAUGGCCUAUUUAAUCGCACGACAACGUUAUCGAUCAUCGGAAACUAUUGAAUUUGAAAAACAAGUACAAAUGGCCGUUGAUAAUGCAAUGCAACAAAUGGAUGCUAGCGGUGUAUUUAAUAAUCCAGAUGAAAGAUCACGAUUAUCAUUAAAAAGUGAUGAUGAUGUUCGUAGUCUAAGUCCAGAAAAAAAUAAUCGUCAUCGUCAUCAUCGUCGUCGUCGUCGUCGAAGUCGAAGUGAUGUGCAAGAUUCACUUAAAUCACCUAGGAUUUCUGUUUGUGAAAAUACACAAAAAUAUUCGACAUCAUCUUCAUUGUUAAAAUCGAUUACAAUCACUUAGUAGUCAAGUUACUAAACAAAAUAAUCUUCAUAGACUAGACGUACAUUGUUUUUUUCUGUAGAAUUAGUAGUCUCUCUUACAAAUUUACAACAACAACAACAACAAAAAUAUUAAAAACACAACAAAUUUUUAUUUUUGUCGAUUCA